UUUUAACCAGUACAUGCAAUCACAUAUCGGGAACCAGUGCAAACGUUAUACUAUCAACUUCCGGUUAAAGCGGCGGCACAAGCCAAAUAUUUUGUAACUGCAAAUAAUCUAUUUGCAUCAAUUCAUCAUCAUGUCUGCAUUAUUACAAAAACCCAAAAGUGAGAUGACUCCAGAAGAGUUGUCCAGUAGGGAACAAGAAGAGUUUAAUACUGGUCCCCUGUCUGUCUUGACGCAGUCAGUAAAGAACAACACACAAGUCCUUAUCAACUGCAGAAACAACAAGAAAUUGUUGGCCAGAGUGAAAGCAUUUGAUAGACAUUGCAAUAUGGUAUUGGAAAAUGUAAAGGAAAUGUGGACAGAGACCCCUAAAACAGGAAAAGGAAAGAAGAAAUCCAAGCCAGUGAACAAAGACAGAUAUAUCUCAAAAAUGUUCUUACGAGGAGAUUCCGUUAUCUUGGUUCUCAGGAAUCCAAUGGCUACCAGCAAAUAAAAAAAUAUAGUGGUGUUCCAUGUGAAAUCAGAAUAUUUGGUAUUGUAAAAAACAGGACUGCAAAGAUCAU